AUGGCAGGCAGUGCUCGCGAUGGCAAUUUCUUCCACUUCUUCACAAGACCACGAUUUAGAGGCAGUUGGUCUGCCAGCUCUACUGCAAGAUUGACCACUAUGUCCAUGUCGCUCCUUCUCUCCGCCGCAACCAUUUCUCUUGAUGCCCAAUCUCUACACUGGCUGCGACACCUACGAGCCAAAAAUCUCUCGAGUAAAGCGCCAAUUGACAUCUCUACAGCCACUUUCAAGAAGCCGUACGAGCACGCUACAGCGCAGUAUCCUGCUCGAUUACAUUUCACUAUGAACUUACAUGUUGGGUAUCUUCGAUCCGAAAUCGCCUCAAGCUUUCCGACUUCUCUCGCUGGCUUCUUCUCGGCAGUCUUUCCACGGCCCGGGUUUAGCCCAUUCUGGUCUUACGUCUUGGUUCAGCCGCUUUCCAAUGAGGCCAAAAUUCGAUCGGAAGAGCAGCGAAUACCUGGUCUCGAAGGCAAGGAGCAUAUUGGCGUGUCUGCGACGAGUGCUCUACAGACCCGUCUCGUCAUUGCCUUACUUGUGAGCGCGUGGAGACGCCAAAUCUUGGUCGUAUUUAUGAUCUGCAGCCUGAUCAGCUUCGUCGUUUCUCUCUUUACAGCCUUGUCUCGUUCAAGAGGUAUCCAAACGAAGCUUCCUGGCAUCAGAAAGGAUUUCGUUACAAAAGCAAAGGCUCGAGGCGGAAUGAAGAUGCAAGAACAUCUGCUCUGGCCCGAUCCAGCGAUGGACGACAUCCGCGGGCCAAUUCGAUUGUCUUUAAUGUCAUCUCUUGCAGAAGAUACGUACUUCGGGCCCAUGAUUGCUCUAUACUGCUCUAUACUGCUCUACGCCUCUGCAGCGACAAGCCUCGACCCAGAACUUGGAACAAUCUUGCGACCGAUGCAGCCUUCAUCGUGGAAGCAGAAGGAAACACAAUCUGCAUCAUCAAAACGUACGGAGCAGCUCCGUGAACGCUACUGCAUAGGACCUUCGUUCACCAUUUCAAUGACCUGCGAUACAGAUUUAUUCACCAUGCCGAUUCCACAGACUCCUGAUUAUUCGUUGCAGAAGCAUGGGGUUCAAAGAGCACACUCUCCUCAUGCGGACCACCGAGGGAGAUCAUUAAUAAAGUGGACAUUAAAGCACCAACGCGGCUACCCUCAUGGAUUUGAAUCGUUCCUGGCAGGACGCUCGCCGCCACGGCAUCAGUUCAAGAUAAGAUUUUGCAAACCUCCUCGCAGGCGCCAUUAUGGUGCAUCAGCAAAGAAGCAGGAGUUUGUCCUUGACGUUUGUUGGUGGUCGCCGGCAUGGAUGUUCUUACAUUUGGACAGCGUUGGCGAGGGUCUUCUUCUUGGUUAUUUCGGAACCCUGUUCAAGAGCAUCGAAACAGCCUGUUUGUGGAAUCCCUCGCUGGAACUAGGCCGCAACACGCGGUCUACAACUGAGGAUGCGCGGGAUCUCCGGGAAAUGAAGCAGCGAGCGUCGGCCAGAUUGAGCACCGAGUCGAAGAGCGUCGGAUCACUAGCAUUACAGAAGCAAUUCAUCCAGGCCAGCCACAAACGACGAGGCUGCAUUGCUGCUACAGCAGAUCAGUACAUGUACCAUCCAAUUCGUAUGAGGCCCAAGCAGCGAAUUGAGCACAAUCUGUCCAAGUCGACUCGAACGAUGAGACUAGACCAAGUCCAUGUUCGAGAAGCUCUGGAACUUAUCGUCAAGCAACGAAUGGAGCAUCCUCGACUCCAUGAUGAACCAAGUCGCAAGAGACUCAAGCAGGGAUUCCCACUGAGCAGCGAUCCCGCGAAUCCGCUGAAACAGCAAGAGAGGACAGGUUUCUCAUUAAACAGCUGCCUGACAGGCGGAGUUCUAUACCAUCUGAGCGACAUCCGUGGGAGCGUCGGAGAAGCAUCAUCACAGAAGCGAAUUCUCGAAGACGAUACCACCGCCGAUCCAUAG